UGAAGUAAGGGGGUGUACUCGAAAACCGUGGACAUAUAAACAACUUAAAUGUAUAAGUAUAUGCCACGAACCUAUCUAAUAACCUCUACCAACGAUACGAUUUUAUUCAUUUCAAAUGUAAAACUGGUUGAUUGUGAUCGUGAGCGCUUGAGACAAUUGGAAAAUAUCGCGAAAAUUUCUAGAAACAAAUCGCAUUGGAUGAUGUGGCAAAAGAAUAGCAUAAGAACGAAGACGUCUGUAUCUGGGCUCUUUAUUAGGACACUGUCACAUGACUGAGACGCGUGAUUUGCAUGAAGUAGCAUUCUGGUGUCAGCCUCUUCAUGGUCACAAGAUAAUGUCGCUAUUUCUUGAACGAUAAUGGGUCCACUAUCAAUUCCUGGUUUAAGGCGAUGGCACUUGUCGUCAUGGCAAACGUAAACCACAAUACCAUUAAACAUCGUCGAUUUGUAUGUACACCACUGCUCAAAUAAAAAGCGAAUAAGUGCUUCUUUGUUUCCACCAUGUUUGAGAAACUUGAUCCAUUGUGCUGGUAGUCUCUGAUCAGCACCAUAUAUAUUCAUAUUGUAUUUGUUUUUUUCUUUAUUCUUCUUUCGGCUCUUGCGACUUUUGUUUUAUCACAGAAACGAAUAUAGCAUUCCUUAUGAAAACGCACAUUUGCAAUUUCUUCUCGCACUGUCUCUCUGUCUGGACCGAGCGACCAACGUUUGACUCGUUUGGAAACGUUUGACGCAAUUUUAUUAGGUUCCCCAUCCAAAUGAAUCCACUUUUCAGAAUAUUCACUUAUUUUAUCGAUUGUAUGUGCCGUUAAUUGACACAAUUCGCCUGACUUACCAUUAAAAUGAAUGAAACAUUCAUCCAUUCUCUUGAUUUGCUCUUUGGGACUUGCAGAAUUGUUUUCAGAAAACAGUCAGAGUUAAUAACGAUUUAAUUUAAUAAUUAUCCUUAUAAAUACUUCAGCAUUGCGCGUACUUCAAGUAAUAAUGUCAAAAGAUCAAACACACCGCGGAAUUUAAGAUGGCGCUUAGUCGAUCAAAAUAUCCAACUUUGGUUAUACAUUGUGAAAAAACAGCGCGUUUUGGCGUGUGGGAACAAAGAUAUUUGAAAUCAGCGCAUUCGACUCUACUACUUUCCGUUGAAAUAUUUUAGCACCGCGAUGGGGGCGACGAAACGAAACAUUUUCGUGCCAGAGCCAACGGCCUACAGUGUGUAUAGCCAUUCACAAUUUGACCGUUUGUUCUGAUUUAACUUGAAAAAGUAUUUCGUUCGUCCUAAAUCUGUUGAAAAUGGGGUCUACACUUAAAGAAACAUUUUCCGUUGAAGAAGUUGUGAAUUGGCUGGAUUUAAAUGGUUUUCAAGACAUCAGCCAAACGUUUUGUGACGAGGGCAUUGAUGGCGAUGCAAUGUCCUGCUUGACGGAAGAUGCCUUAAAAUCAUUGGUUGUCAGGAUUGGCCCCAGGAUGAAGUUAUUGAAAGCCAUCAAACAAAUGAACACUAGAUGCUCGACUUCUACAUCUGAGUCUGCUAGUGACUUAUCUACAUGUGAUAUGCUGGCGAAGUGGCAAGACUCCAAUUCUCAAGGAAAUGCAUCAAAUCCUGGUGGGCAAUCUGGUGUGUGUGAAUCACUAUCAAGUGCAAGCAGUGACAACUCAGUAGCUAAAGGCAGAAAACAAUGGACAUCGCCGUUUGUUCUUCCUGACUAUUUCCCGCCUUUGGUUGAAGAAGCACUUGCAAAGAAAUUGAGAAUGCCAAAGCAAGUUAGAUGCAAGUUCAUACAAACAAUUUACGACAAAAUUUGCCUAUUUACUGUUUCUCCCACUCCAGACCAAAGGCGAGAUGUUUGUCGUGCAAUAAUUGCAAAAUACCCUUUUCUUUCUGAUGCAAGUGGUGGCUAUGAAAUUUGGUAUCGGUACCUUGGUGAGAAAGUUAAUAAUGAAUUAAGAAGUGAAAGAGCAGACCCUGUUGUCCUAUCUAGAAAAAGAAAAAAUGUUGAUGGCAGUCCAGCUGCAACUAUAUUCAGAGCAGCUGUUCGACGAGGAAUUGUGAACUGGGCACCUCCACCAAUAGAUGGCGAGGACAAUGUCUGUUCCCAAGCACAUGUUUCGUGGAUGAAGAAGGAAUUGAAAAGAAAACAACCCAACCUCACUUUGGUAAACAAAAAGAUGGAAUUGACAUAUUCCUUUAGGAGGCGUAUGAUAAAUGAGGAAAAACAUUUGCUGAAGGAUAUUAUGGAACAAUAUCCUUUCCUGUUUAAAAAAGCCCAUCUAAAAUCUGAGUACAGUCGUUUGAUGGCAGAUAGCUCGGCUGCUGAUUGUAUUCAAGGCAAUUUGCUAGAAGUAUCACCCAACAUUAUCAGAGUAGCAGAGCAAAGGAAAUUUGUUUCAGAAGAAGCUAAUAAGCUGCUGCUUCUUUGUAAACCUACAAAUGACUCUAGUUGUAAUGAUGAUGAAGAGAAUGAAAAUAUUUUAUCUGCAGAGAACAAAACUUUUGUUGCAAUGUGUUUGUUGCCUCAUUUACUGGAAAGGUAAACAAAAACUAAUAAAAGUCCUGAGUCUUACUUUUACCAGUUUGGUGAAACAGAAGAAGUUGCCAUGGCAGCAAGACCUGGAAUGGCCCCAUUUUUGGUUAUCAGUGGCUCAGUGGAUGAUCCCCAUCCGGAUGAUAUAACUGUAGUUGCCGAAAACCACAUUGUAGCAAGGUCUGCAGGAAUUCUGGAUGCACUGGAGUCAAUGCUUAUAUUGUAUUACGUAUGUAAUAUUCAAUACCCUAAAGAAUGUGUCAACACAUUUCAUUUCCUGCAGAGAAAUAUCAUGAAAGUGUUUGACACCCAAAAGGUGCCGACAAAGGUGUUGGUGUUAAUGUCAGAGUUAUCGCAACUAUGAACCAGAAUGUGAACAAUAAAAUAUAUGGUUAUAGUACAGGAUUUAAUGAUAUAAUGUAGUUUUAUUUAAAGUUUUGUUAAGGUUUUAAAUAGUUAUGUAAGUGGGGGUUACAUUUAAUAACUUUGUAGUAUUUAUUAUGCUGAAAUUUACUUUCAUGAUACAUUUAUAUGCUA